AUGACACCUGAAGCAGCUAGACGUUUGAGAAAGGCCAAGGCCACGUCGGUUCCAACAGCUGAGAUGGUCCAAUGGGAGAAGAGCAGGCAGGCGCUUGUGAAGCAAGUAGCUGAAGACGACGCAAGGAGGGCAAAGGAGAAAGACCUGUCCAAGGAAUCGCAGGACGAGAAGGAGCAGGGUAAGGCAAAGCAGAAGGAAGAUAAAGCGAAGACCAAAGUGCAGGCACCGAAGACCCAAGACCCUGGUGAUGAGAAGGUGGCCAAGAAGAUUGGCAAAGAGAAGACAAGCCCUGAGGAGAAGAAGACUGAGGAGCCCAGUUCAGACUCAGGCUUAAAGAAGAAAGGGAAAACAGAAAAGAAGAAAAAUGAUGAGGCAAAGCAGAAGCAAGUAGAUAAGACACCGAAGACAAAAGACCCUGGUGAUGAGAAGCUGGCCAAGAAGAAUGGCAAAGAGAAGGCAAGCCCUGAGGAGAAGAAGACUGAGGAGCCCAGUGCAGGAUCAGGCUUGAAGAAGAAGAAAGGGAAGACAGAAGAGAAGAAGGAUGAUGAGGCAAAGCAGAAGCAAGCAGGGAAGGCACCGAAGACAAAAGACCCUGGUGAUGAGAAGGUGGCCAAGAAGAAUGACAAAGAGAAGACAAGCCCGGAGCAGAAGAAGACUGAGGAACCCAGUUCAGACUCCGGCUUGAAGAAGAAGAAAAGGAAGACAGAGGAAAAGAAGGACGAUGAUGAUGAGGCAAAGCAGAAGCAAGCAGAGAAGGCACCGAAGACAAAAGACCCUGGUGAUGAGAAGGUGGCCAAGAAGAAUGACAAAGAGAAGACAAGCCCGGAGCAGAAGAAGACUGAGGAACCCAGUUCAGACUCCGGCUUGAAGAAGAAGAAAAGGAAGACAGAGGAACAGAAGGACGAUGACGAUGAGGCAAAGCAGAAGCAAGCAGAGAAGGCACCGAAGACAAAAGACCCUGGUGAUGAGAAGCUGGCCAAGAAGAAUGGCAAAGAGAAGGCAAGCCCUGAGGAGAAGAAGACUGAGGAGUCCAGUUCUGACUCAGGUUUGAAGAAGAAGAAAAGGAAGACAGAGGAGAAGAAGGACGAUGACGAUGAGGCAAAGCAGAAGCAAGCAGAGAAGGCACCGAAAACAAAAGACCCUGGUGAUGAGAAGCUGGCCAAGAAUAAUGGCAAAGAGAAGAGAAGCCCUGAGGAGAAGAAGACCCAGGAGCCCAGUUCAGACUCAGGCUUGAAGAAGAAGAAAAGGAAGACAGAGGAGAAGAAGGACGAUGACGAUGAGGCAAAGCAGAAGCAAGCAGAGAAGGCACCAAAGACAAAAGACCCUGGUGAUGAGAAGCUGGCCAAGAAUAAUGGCAAAGAGAAGAGAAGCCCUGAGGAGAAGAAGACCCAGGAGCCCAGUUCAGACUCAGGUUUGAAGAAGAAGAAAAGGAAGACAGAGGAGAAGAAGGAGGAUGACGAUGAGGCAAAGCAGAAGCAAGCAGAGAAGGCACCGAAGACAAGCCCGGAGGCAGAAGAGACCAAGGAAGAUGACGGAAAACGUGGUUCAGAGUCCUGGAACCGAGCACACGCGAUGCUGUUGCAGAUGGAGGAAGAUCGAAAGAAGACUCACCCGGUGACACCUCCCCAACACGUUGACAAGGAGAAGAAGAAUGAGCAGAACUCAAAUCAGCUGUUGAACCAUGCCAAAAGUAAGGUUCCUUCUCCUACGACAACCUCUACGGCAUCACCGACGGAGCGGCAGCCUCGCCAGCUCGCUCUUACUGAGGAGCAGAAGGCAAAGAUUGCCUCGAUGCAAAAUCCCAAAGAGAUGGAGUACUCGGAGCGAAAGCGGCAGUACAGUGCAAUGCGCAGGGCGAUCUACCGCGAAGCGCCACCAGAGCUUGUCGCAAAAUUCACCCUUUGUGGGGACCGUGAAAGGUUUUCUAUGCUGAAGCAGUGGGUGAUGAACCAAAGCGUGGCCGACAUAGAUGUCGAAGAGAAAUGGAUUAACUGGGUGGCACAGUUGAGAACGGACCGUUACGUAACGGUUACAGAAUUCCAGCUCGAGAAAAUAUAUGGGAAGAGCUCUGAUGCAAAGGCAUUCAUUGCCCAGUUGACCAAGGGUCAGAAGGGGGUGCCCCACCCCCAGGCGCCAGAUGUCCGCAAAGCACGAAUGUACAAAGUCUUGAAAGAGGUGGUAGAGGACAACCAGAAAGGUACCAAGAAUGAAACCUCUGCAUCCGUAUCAGGCAGAGUACGUGAUGCUGGUGCUAAAGGGCUCUUGGCAAAGCAGCUUCAGGGACUGGAGUUACCGGCCUUUCUGGAUAUGGCCACCGGAGCAAUCAAAGUGAAAAAGGCAAAAAAGGUAAAGACUCCGGAGGAGGAAAGUAUGGCAGAACUGAAAAAACUCGUGAAGAAGUGGUUUGCCUAG